GGACCCCAUUUUUUCUUGUUAGGUAAGUCCAUCCAAAAUACGUCAUGACAAAUAGGACCCCAUGAUGCCACUACCAUCCGGCAGAGCAUGUAUGGAUUGCCUAAUAGAACACGAGCACAUUCACUCUGACACUUUGGCCUAAUUGAAUUAUCAUGUACAAAUGAAACCAAACAGAGAGUACCAAUUUUAAAGAAAGCCUCACACUUGCCUUUCCUUCCAAACAGGACCACUUCCACAUUAUACCAAAUCACAUGGCUUGUUUCCCAUGAAGCCCUGCAUAUUAAAAGGACCGUCUUUGGCUUCGAGAAUAUAUAUGUUGAUUGAAUCCCCUUGCCUUCAACACAGCAAAACAAUAGCAUUCAGUAACUAAAGAUCUUGAACCCUCUUUCUAGCUCUCCUCUACCAUCCUGGAGCAAGAAGAUGAGUAGUGCCAAGAAGCACAUCAAGUUGGCAAGGAAAUGGCAACAUAUGGUUGCCAUUCGGCGAAGAAGAAUCUCAUUUCCGAGAACCAUUGGAGAGGUUGAUGCAGAUUGUUGUAGCACAUCAUCAAUGGUUGAGAAGGGUCACUUCGUCGUGUAUAGUGCUGAUCAAAGGCGCUUUGUGCUUCCUCUUGAAUAUCUUAAGAACGAAAUUGUUAGAGAACUGUUUGAAUUGGCUGAAGAAGAAUUUGGAUUGCCAGGCAAUGGACCUCUCAUAUUGCCUUGUGAUGCAGUUUUUAUGGAAUAUGUGAUUUCUUUGAUCAAAAGGCGUGCCACAAAAGAUGUGCAGAGAGCAGUGCUCAUGUUCAUCUCUAACGGUCGCUGCUCAUCAUCUUUAUGUCUCCACCAGCCGUUAACAACCCAGCAGUUACCAAUCUGUAGUUUCUAAUUUGAUUUUGUAGAUGUAUCAUAUCUCUGUACAUUAUGGAUAAUGAAAAAUUAAGGCUAUU